GUGUACUUCCGUCUCAGGUGUUUCCGAUGGAGCAGGUGAAGUGCGUCGCGGCGCGCUGACGUCACAGGGAUGGGCGAGUCACGUGGUGUGGACCGAGAAACCUCAGGUUUAAUGUUUCUGUCAUGAGAGAAAGAAGAAGAAGAAGAGAAGAGACCGAGUGGCUGUAAACUGAUCAUCUGUCUGAGCUUCAUCUCCAUCAUGACCUCUCAUCUGCACGUUCAUCCUCAUCAUUCCAGCUGAUUGUGUCCGUCAGACGUCAGACUCAGAGCUCGUUUCUCUGACUGAUAAAGUGACGCUGGUAGAUCACGUUUCACGCCGUCCUCACCGUGUCUCUGUCUCUGCAGGUGACUCGUCUGUGUUCGUACAAGGUUUGCAUUCUGAGCUGCAGGCCAAUGUAAGUCCAGUUGAGUGACUGCGUGUGAAAGAGGGACCAUCACCAUCCUCAUGUCCUAUGGAGGAGGCUCUUACGGACGCACUGAGCGAGUCCGCCAUGCGCCCCACUAUGACCAGGUUCCCCAGGACUCGUUACCCCGAACCCCCGACUCCUACGACCCGGUGCCCUUGAGCUCUGAGCGGGUGCCGGGUCUCGCUCAGAGCUCCGACCCCCUCCCACCACCGCCGCUGCCCGACCAGCCGCCCAUCGGCCCCGAGUUUGACCCCAGCGGCAGCGAAGGCGACGUCGACCCCGCCCUCGACAUCAAACCGGUCCACCGCUUCAUCCCCGACUCCUGGAAGAACUUCUUCAGAGGAAGCAACCGCAGCAGUAAGAAGGCGUGGUCCAUGCCUUCGUCCACCAACAACAACAACAGCACCACCGAAGGAGUACGCUGCUCCCCCCCGCAAUCCCCCUCCGUUCCUGGAUCGUACCGGGACGCCUAUGGCGGCUCGGGAGGCAGCUACAACUCCCGUAAGGAGCUUCUGGAGUCGGCGUCUGGACGAACCCACCACACAGGUCUGACCUACAGCGAGCGGGUGGAGGAGUACCACCUGCGAUACGCCUUCAUGAAGUCCUGGGCCGGGCUGCUGAGGAUCCUGGGAUGCGUGGAGCUGCUGCUGGGAGCCGCCGUGUUCGCCUGUGUGUGCGCCUACAUCCACAAAGACAACGAGUGGUUCAACAUGUUCGGAUACUCGUCCCCCGGGGGGGCGUACGGCGGCGGCUUUUACGGGGCCGGGACCAGCGGGACCUAUUACACUGGCCCCAAGACCCCGUUUGUGUUGGUGGUGGCGGGACUGGCCUGGUUGGUGACGGUGAUCGUGUUGGUGCUGGGGAUGACCAUGUACUACCGCACCAUCCUCCUGGACUCUAACUGGUGGCCCCUGACCGAGUUCAUCAUCAACCUGUCGCUGGCCAUCCUCUACAUGGCAGCAGGAAUCAUCUACGUCCGAGACACGACUCGUGGCGGCCUCUGCUCCUACCCGGUCUUCAACAACGGCAUCAACGGAGCGUUCUGCAGGACGGAGGCCGGUCAGACGGCCGCCAUCAUCUUCCUCUUCGUCACCAUGGUGGUUUAUCUGAUCGGAGCCAUCGUCUGCCUCAAGCUGUGGAGGCACGAAUCCGCUCGGAGAUACCGGGAAAAGUACGGCCAGGAGAUGCAGACGUCAGAGAUGCGAGCCUUGCAGUCGCUGGCGGUUCCAGAUUCUGCUCCAGUGACCAGGUCUCCAGAACAGGUCCAGGGUUCCUCGGUGGUUCCCAUCCACGCUGCACCUGCACCCAGAGCUGUUCCUGCAAAGGUUCUGCAGGGAGCGAUUCCUUCAGGCCACAUCCCCAAACCGGUCAUCGUUCCCGACUACAUCGCGAAGUACCCGACCAUCCGCUCGGACGAGGAGCGGGACCAGUACCGAGCCGUGUUCAACGACCAGUACGCCGAGUACAAGGAGCUCCACGCCGAGGUGCAGGCCACCCUCAAGAAGUUUGAUGAGAUGGACGUUAUGAUGCGUGGUCUGCCUCAGCAUCCCAGCAGCCAGACGGAGGUGGAUCGCAUCAACAGAAUCCUGCAGGACUACCAGAGGAAGAAAAACGAUCCGACGUUCCUCGAGAAGAAGGAGCGCUGCGAGUAUCUGAAGAGCAAACUGUCGCACAUCAAGCAGAAGAUCCAGGAAUACGAUAAAGUCAUGGAGUGGAACGACGGAUACAAUUUUUUUUAUCUAUUUCCUGGACAACCAGCAGAAAUGUCCUCCAGGCCCAACGGGAGUCCACCUCCUUACGAGGCAGAUAAUGGAUAUAACGAGCCUCCACAGCCGGCCUACUCUUACUACCCCGAUGAUGAGUUCCAGCAUUUCUACCGCUGGACGUCUCCACCGGGCAUCCUCAAGAUCAUGGGCAUCAUCGUCAUCGUCAUGUGCGUGGGCAUCUUUGCCUGCGUCGCCUCCACGCUGGCUUGGGACUCUCAGGGAGCCCUGUCCGGCUUUGGGGGAAUCGGGGGAGUCGGCGGAGGCUAUGGCGGAUCCUAUAGCGGUGGCUACAACCCCUCGUACAACAGCUUCGGUGGGGGCGCCUAUGGAGCCGGAAACGGCUACGGCUACGGCUCGCUGGGAGGGAACUACAACGACCCACGAUCAGGCAAAGGGUUCAUGAUCGCCAUGGCGGCCAUCGUCUUCAUCUUCGCCCUGGCCGUCUUCAUCAUCAUCGUGUCCCAUCAGAGCCUAUCGGAGAGCAGGAAGUUCUACCUAGCCGUGGUGAUCAUAUGCGCCUUCCUAGCACUGCUAAUGCUAAUAGCCUCCAUCGUGUACCUGAUGGCGGUGAACCCCACGGCUCAGUCCUCCGGGUCCGUCUAUGGUAACCAGAUUAGGGGCCUGUGCGCUCAGUUUCAGCAGCCUCAAAUCUCAGGAACCUUCGUCAACCAGUACCUUUACCACUACUGCGUGGUGGAGCCUCAAGAGGCCAUCGCCGUGGUGUUCGGCUUCCUGGUCACCGCCGCUCUCAUCAUCAUGCUCGUCUUCGCUCUGAAGACCCGCCAGAAAAUCAGAAGCUACGGCAAGAGCAACAUUUUGUGGAGGAAAGUGAAGGUCAUCGAUGAGGUUGACCCGCCUCAGGAUGUGGAGGCAUGGGUGAACAACGUGUCGGCUACGCCUGAAGUGUUCCCGGUGUCGGACUACCCAGAGAAGCGAAGAGGCUCCAGGAGUUACCUGGAUGACGAAAGCAACUACGACAAACCCCCGUACAGCUACACCCCAGAGCCGUCAGUGGAAGCCACGCCGUUGCGUAACGGGGUUUCCUACAGCAGCAACUCGGAGAUUGCGAGUUCAGCCGGACGUCCCAAAAAGAGGCGUGCAGGUCGACCACGUCGCGCUGAUGGACAGGACUACGAGACGGACUACAACUCCUCCGGAGACGAGCUGGACGACAACGACUUCGACAGUGAAUUUCCACCGAUCACGAAUGAGCAGCAACGCAACGAUUACAAGCACGAGUUUGACCGCGACCACAACGAGUACAAAAACCUGCAGGCGGAGCUGGACGCCAUCAACAAGGACCUGUCGGACGUGGACAGAGAGCUGGAUCAGCUGGAGGAGGGAAGCCCACAGUACCUGGACGCAUUGGAUGAGUACAACAGAAUAAAGAACAUCAAAAAGUCUGCAGAUUAUCAGAUGAAGAAGCGCAGGAGUAAAUAUCUCAAGUCCAAGCUGAACCACAUCAAGAAGAUGGUCAGCGACUACGACCGCAGGGCCUGAACGACGAAUCUGUGGAGGAGGACACGUACGUCUGUCCAGGACGAGACGGGACAGAACGAGACGGGAUGGGACGGGAUGGGACGGGAUGGGACGGGAUGGGACGGGAUUGGACGAGACGGGACGGGAUGGGAUUGGACGGGAUUGGACGGGACGGGAUUGGACGGGAGGGACUAAGUCUGUCUGGGAACUCUACGAGGGGAUGAACCGACAGACAGUAAAAGACGAAGCUUCAAGGAUUCACGUGAAGUUACAACAGUUGUAUUUUUUAUUUUUUUUUCCGGUAGCAGAGAAAACAAAUCCUGUAUUCUACCACUGUGUGUAUUAUGACUAUCACCUGUCAUGGAUGUGAUUUUAUCUAUUUAUUUUCUAUAAAGUUUUCCUAAUUCAGUUCUUACUGCCCAUUUUAUUCUCCUUUUUUUUGUUUUUUGUUUUUUUUAUACAGUCACUUGUAAAUAUGUGGGUUGUUUAUAAGGAGGUGUUUCUCAAUGAACGGUACAACAGGCGGACGCUUUGGAUUAAUUAUGCACAUUUAAUGCAUAGUGUGAACUUUAACAAUGAUUUGUGAUGCAUUUUUAUCAUAAUAAAAUCAUUUAUUAAACA